AUGGUAGGUAAAGGAUUGAUUACGAGAUCCGUUUGUGAAUUCGAGGACCUGGAGCUGGAGUCGCGCCGUUUUGACGACGGUUACAGCCUGAGCGCCGACGUCAGCGAGUCGGAGAGCUCAACAUCGAGCGGCGCCACCUUUUCCUCCGGCCGCCGGCUGGCGUCGCCUUCCCGCUCCGAUAGCUUGCUGCCGCCGCCGAUUAUGCUGCCGGUUGUGGGUGGCAGGCACGUCGUCUUCCCAGGGGAAAAGGUGGAUCGAGAUGAACCUGAGCAGUCCGAGUUGACCGAAGCCGAAAUGAUGAAAGAACGAUUUUCGAAACUGUUGCUGGGAGAAGACAUGUCCGGUGGAGGCCAGGGAGUGAGUACUGCUCUAGCAAUUUCAAAUGCAAUCACUAAUCUUGCAGCUAGUGUCUUUGGAGACAUCUGGAAGCUGGAGCCACUAUCCCAACAGAAAAAAUCCAUGUGGCAGCGUGAGAUGGAGUGGCUCCUCUGCGUUAGCGACUCCAUAGUCGAGCUCAUCCCGUCUGUGCAGGAAGUUCCAGGUGGCUCCAGCUUCGAGAUCAUGGUGACUCGGCAGAGAUCUGACCUGUACUCAAACCUCCCGGCUCUCAAGAAGCUCGACGGGAUGCUGUUGAGCAUCUUGGAUGGGUUCAAAGAUGCCGAGUUUUACUAUGUCGAUCGAGGUGUGUUUGUUGCUGGUGGGGACCACAUCGAGGCGUGUCCUUCGUCGGAACUCGAGGAGAAGUGGUGGUUGCCCUUCCCAAAAGUUCCUGCAAGGGGAUUGUCGGAGGAGAUGAGAAAGCGGCUGGGGCAGUGCAGGGAGUGCACGCAGCAGAUUUUCAAGGCGGCUGUGGCCAUCAACAAUGGCGUGCUCUCGGAGAUGGAGGUUCCGCAGGUUUACUCAGACAACUUGCCCAAGAAUGAGAAGGCUUGUUUAGGUGAAAUCCUCCACCAUUACCUAACCGCCGAUCAGUUCUCCCCUGAUUGUCUUCUCGAUUACCUCGACCUUUCAUCAGAAUACAGUACCUUGGAGAUAGCAAAUAGGAUCGAAAGCGCCCUACACUUCUGGAGAUCGAAAUGUCGAAAGAAGAAACUGACUCAUACGAGGUCAGCUUCGUUUUGGGAAAACACUAUGAAGGGCUUCAUCUGUGAUUCUGAAAAGAGUAAACUCUUUGCACACCGAGCAGAAACCGUCCUAAAGAACUUAAAGUUGCACUUUCCCGGUCUCCCCCAAACCACUCUGGACAUGAACAAGAUUCAGUAUAACAAGGAUGUGGGGCAGUCGAUCCUCGAGAGCUACUCGAGGGUACUUGAGAGCUUAGCUUUCAACUUAACAUCAAGAAUCGACGAUCUUCUAUACGUUGACGAAGCCACCAAGAAACGGGCAAUGGCAGAGUCCAUCUCAUCCUUGCUCGUAAACAACCAAAUAAGGAGAUCAAUAACCGGCAACCUGUAUUAUCCUGGCUCGCCAUCCAGCCAGAGCUCACACUCGUCUUCAUCACCAAUAGGUUCCCCUUUCCGUUGCUUGGUCCCAGUGAGCCAACGGCCCAAGAGGCUACGCCGUUCAGUGAGCCAGUCAGCCUCUCGGGACCGGCUUGAUGUAGAACUACAAAAUCUUGCAUUGAAAUGA